CCGGCGCUGCCUAUAUUGAUAUCUCUGCUACCGCCGUUGACAUACACCUGACAAUGUUACUGGACGUUGAGCUCGAGGAAAGAUUGGUAAAGGCGCAAAGCAUUUUACAUCAUGUAAGUCGGCCUGUCGCAUUAAUGGAAAGGAGUGCUUCAAAGAGUGGGGAUGCUCUCAUAAACUAUGGAAUGUAUAUUUUCAACAUGUUAACAAUUAUGUUCGCUAAUUGCUACAUGGGCCAGUGCUUGCAAGAUGAGGCUCUGAAGCUGUGUGAUGCAUUUUAUGAACGUGAUUGGGCUGAUCUACCACUUCCAUACCAAAGAGCAUUAAUAAUAUGCAUAAUACAUGCUCAAACGCAAAAGUGCGAAAUUAAAGCGGGGAAGUUCUACAAAUUCUCUUUAAGUGCUUACACAAAUAUAUUAAAAUCAGUCAUGGGUUUCUAUUCGAUGCUUAGGGCAACGACUUGAACUCUGGAUUUUCAGGUUUCUUGAUACAAUAAUACACGGAU